GAGUCUCGUUCGGCCCGCCUAUCUCCUCCCGUCAAAAUUCGGGUGUUGUCGUCUCUAAGCGCACUGCUGGAGGAGGAAAAGGGUAGGGGACGGAAACUCGUAUUGGUGAGCAUACAACAAGAAAAGUCACCGAUAGUUAAAUAUUAACACCGAACCUCAGCAGAAAGUGAAAACGGCACGACUGAACAGCUCUAAAGUGGACCGUGUGUUUGAUGUCGAGUACGGCCGCUUAUUUGCUACAUGUUAGUGUAGUUGUGACAUUGCCACCGAGGGACAACUCUCCUUCCACUGUGUGUUGACGGAUACAGCUUUGCAGGGCAAGGAGUGUACAUUAAGUGUUAAUUGUCCAGGAUGUCUUCGAAGGCUCACAGUUCCAAUAACAUUGCCCAUGCCAGGCGGACGGUGCAGCAGCUGAGGAUAGAGGCGAGCAUUGAGAGGAUAAAGGUAUCCAAGGCAUCUGUGGACCUUAUGAAUUACUGCAAUGAGCAGGCCAGAAACGAUCCUCUCCUUAUGGGCAUCCCUGCUUCAGACAAUCCCUUUAAGGACAAAAAACCCUGCACUAUAUUGUAGUGGCGUUCCCUCGGCCUUCACAGGUUCCGCGUGUUAAUGUUGCCGUGUUCUGUUUGUCGGGAGGAGUGAGGGGUGGAGUGUGAUCGUAUCGUUACCACGCGCUUGUCUUUUCUGUUAACAAAACACAUGAUUUUCUCCAAAUUGUCUUUGUGUAAGGAGCAAAGAAAGUGUUCCGUGGCUCCAGGGCAAGUCUCUAAUCACUGUGCCACUGCGUGAAUUAACAUCCUGGAGUCCCUGGAGGCCCUCAGUUUAGUGGUUUCUCUCUAUUUGGGCAGCGACUGUUAUUAUCUAUCUCAAGCCAGCCCUUUUUUUUUUUUAAGUACCUUGCACCUGGAGUACAGUAUGUGACCAACAAUGUCCACUUCAGAUGGAUUCUUUCAGGGUUUCUGUUGCACACUUAAAAGUGUGGCGUCCACGACAAUCCACAUUCCAUGUAGUCAUCAGUGAGGAAUCUUGUCUUGUCAUUUUUAGGAUAAUUCUCAGUCCAUCUGGAGAGGAAAUGGUCGCCGAUACAGUAUGUAAGAUUCUUCUAGAAAGGUCUGUCUUUGUUUAGCUGCCGCUGAAACGUCUGGGACCAAACCAAUAAUGCAGCCUUUAAGACCACCUGUGGUUCCACCAUUUGGUACAAUUCAGCUCACCCUGGUACACAACAAUGUCGAGCUCCACUCGUUUGGUACCCAAGUAGCGUGGUGCCAGAAAGUAGCAUGGGAGGCUGUUUUCGGUACCCUACAACAUUUACUACAGUGGAAAUAAAAUAUAUAGGGAGCUGAACUCUACUGUUUGGUGGAAAGACCAAUCUUCUCUCACGCUUUACCGCCUUACCUACGCUUGCCUUGUAUUAUGAAGAACACUUAUUGGGAGAACUAUGUUUCUAUCAAAUAUUUUUAUCGGCAGGAUAAAAGUGUUUUUUAACAAUAUUGUGCCAUCUUUGUGUGUGUGUGUGUGUGUCGUAAAACCUCUUAAAUCGUGUCGCCUGGUGCUCUGCUUUUCUGCAACUGCGGUAUUGUCGCCACCCCUACACAGGAUACCUUCAAAUCAGCUAAGUGUUAACAAUUGUUUUGUUUAGUUUAGUUUGUUUUUUUAAAUCAUUGUCAGUAACAGUCAAUGACUCCUCCUUCUUUGCAAUAAUUCCUGUCAGCCUCUAAGGGAGAGUUGAGAUUACCGCUGUCGCCGUGUCGUCGUGUGUGUUAACAGGACCGUAACGUCUUUAUUAUGAGUUGACCAACGUUUGUAUGAAGAUGAACGAUGACGAUGAAGCAUUCCUGCAGUACAGCACUGUGCUAAUAUCUCAAUAAAGAUGUGUUGUGUCAGAG